GGACGAUCACCGGUCAUCCACCCCACCUCUGUCCUCCUCAGCAAGACAGGCCAGCUAACACGCCUGUGAUAAUCUCGCAGGACAACACCCGGGGCGAGUGGGGUGUCCUAGGCCGUCACAGCCCUUCAUCAACAGGUCAGAGGGUUGGAGGCUUCACCGAGACCGAAGCAAGCAGUGUGGUGGCGUGGUGGACGGAGCUCAGCAGGAUGUUAAUAAUGGUCCUCCAGGAUGGCAGGUCUUCGCGUGUUGCUCCUGGCCUCCUCGGCGCUCCUCGUCUCCGCUCAGAUAACGUUCCCAGACUCCAAGAAAAGCUCUCCGCCCUCCUCCUCUCCCCUCACUGCUUCUCCCCCAGCGCCGCCUCCUGCUACCGCCUCCUCGACCUCUCCCUCAGGCCCUGCUUCCCCGCCAGCUCCCGCCUCUGCUGACUCCCCGCCUCAAGUAGGACAAACCAGAUUCGCUGGCAGUCCCCUUGGGAUCCUGGACCCCCUGGGACUAUUCGCAAGCCCUUGUGACCGCUGCUCCUCCUUCGACCAACACUGCUGCAACACCCAGGGCCUCUGCUGCCCCUUCCAGCCCGUGGCCCCUGUCGGCCCGCCCAUCCAGAACUUCCCUGGACAGUUUCCGGAACAGUUCGGAGGACAGUUCCCAGGUCAAUUCCCAGGUCAAUUCCCAGGUCAGUUCCCGGGGCAGUUCCCGGGGCAGUUCCCGGGGCAGUUUCCGGGGCAGUUUCCGGGCCAGUUCCCGGGCCAGUUUCCAGGGCAAGUGAGUCCUCCAGGGCACGUGUUUCCUCCAGGACACGUGGGUCCUCCAGGUAUCCACGGCGGCAUCAAGGGCGGCGUGUGUCCUGUGCCCAGCGGCAUCCAGCACGGUGUCCACAGGUUUGGCGGCGGCGCCCCUUGCGUGACGGAGUGCCAGAGUGAUCUCCAAUGCCCUAACAUACAGAAGUGCUGCCCCGUCGGCUGCUCCAAUGUGUGCCGCACCCCGCAGGGAGCUCCCCCCGUGGUGCAGCCCGUCACCAAGCCCGGCGUGUGUCCCAUCCCAGGCCCAGGUUUUGUUCCCUUCCGCUCGGCCGCCAACGCCCCUCAGGCAGACCCCGGCGUGGACCCCAGCAACACUCCCGACCACCAGGCGCAACGGCAGCAGGAACGCAAGGAGCAGCGCCAGCAGGAGCGCAAGGAACAGCGUCAGGAGCAGCGUCGUGAAGCUCGUGGCCGGAGCCGCAGGGAAGUUGAUGGCGUGCCAUGGAGCCGCCGGACACGCCGCUCCCCGCAUCACGAAGAGGACCGCAACGACCGCCGGGAGAUUCGCCUCAACCGCCGCUUCAGGAUGUCUGGCCGAGCCAUCCGCUCCGCCGACGACGGGCCGAGCCGCGUGAUCCGCCAGAGUGCUGGUGCCACUGGUGGCCAAGGGAGUGCUCAGCCCAGCCAAAGGUUCUUUGGCAAUCCUUUCUGUCAUAGCAACUGCCACAGCGACUUCGACUGCCCCGGCAUCCUCAAGUGUUGUUCUGGCUUGCGGCCGGACUGCCUUCAGUGCAUAAGGCCUUUCUAACCUUGUCACCGGUGCCUUGUGGUGCCCCGGCAAGACAUCCUCAGGACGAAGGCCACUGAAAACACCACAGAGCGGCACUGCCUCGGUGCACGGAAACACAUCCAGUAGGCUAUAUGUUCACUGAGAGAAAUUAACGGAGUCAGUGGUUGCCGUAACAACUGUCUUCCUGAGAUUUCUGAUAUAGGCUACCGAUUAGUUGGUUGUUAAGUGAAAGGUUUGUUAUGUCCUCGGUGACUGUUCUUUUAUUAUUUAUUACCGAAGGCCAUGUAAUGUGCUUUAUUUAUUCCAUUGAUAAGUUGUAUUCAGUUCUUGUAGUGUAUGUUUAAGUAGGUGAGGUCCUGGCAGUACCCAGAGAUCAACGAUAGAGCACGUGCUCAUGUCGGGAGGGUACCUGUUGCCGAUUACGAGUCCAACACGUACGUGAUCAGGCCGUGGUGAAUUACACACACACACACACACACACACACACCUAAGGAGAUAGUUCAAACCGAAAAUGUUAAAAAAAAAUUAAGCUUAACCUAAUAAACAGAUUUGGAGUGGA